UCUGUGGUCCCUUUUAAGUUUCCAGUCGUCUUCUCUUUUAAGAUAGUUGGAAACAUACAUGAGCACCUUCCGUGUCUCUACAUACAGAGGUCAACUUUCAGGUUUGUGAAGCUGCCUAUCAGGAGGAUGUCAGGAAAAGAUGAGAAGUUGAUUAAGUUUGGGAGCAGAAGAAUUAGGAUUUCUAAGUGUGACAUUAAGUCUGCCUUCCCCCAAAGAUAACCUCUUCAAUCACCGUCACUUUUUCUUUCUGGAUAUCUAAAUCAAGAAGGACAUUGAGUGUUUGUCUGCAUCCAGGAGUUCAGCUGCUCCAGGCAGCAGAGACAGGACAGAGCUGCAGAAAGCUGAGUGUCAUCUGCAUAACUCUGAAGUAAAACGUUAGCAAUCACUUUAUCUAUAUAAUGCCUAACCUGACCGCAGUCAAACAAGGCUCUUUACAUUAAAACUCACAACAUUAAAAAAGCAAUUAGAUUGGAUUCGCCUUGAAUGAUCGUAAUUUUGUUCUGAUAGUUUGUAUAUUUUGGUUGAAGGCUGUAAUUCUUACUGCUUUUCAGUUCAACAGUGAGUAAAACAUUUGUCCGUUUUUUAUUCCAGGGUGUCAGAGGUGACAGAACAGAAGUGAACGGGCGUCUUUAGUUUAUCCUACGUAAAAAUCAUAAUCUCUUCUGGUCAACUGCAUUCUUUAACCUAUCUAAGACAUUAGUCCAUGGAUUAAAGACAAAAGAAACUCUGUCCAUUGGGACUUACUUGCUUUUGCCCUGUUGUUGUUGGAACUUGCAGUAAUCAUGAACAUUGAACACAUUUAGAAAAGCAGCCCAAUAUAAGCAUUAAGUAGGGGUGUAUGAUUCAUUUAACAGCAAUUCAAUUCAUAUCAUAAUCUGUGGUUUCCAAUACAACUCAGUCAAUAUUGGUUCUUUUUGAACAAUCUGGUUUCACUGAUCUAAAAUCAGGACAUCUUCAGCCAAAACUUUAACCACUGUGACUCAGAUAAAUACAUUAUAUCAGCAAAAGUAUUGGCUCAUAUCUUGACUCACAUAUAAACUGAAGUGUUGUCCCAUUCCUAACCCAUAGAGUUCAAUAUGAUGUGGAUCCACCUUUUGCAGCUAUUAGAGCUUUAACUCUUCUGAGAAGGCUGUCCACAAGGUAGACCAGUGUUUUUAUGGGAAUUUGUGACCUUUCUUCCAAAAGUGGUGAGGUCACACACUGAUGUUGGUGGAGAAGGCCUGGCUCUCAGUCUCCCCUCUAAUUCAUCCCAAAGGUGUUCUAUGGGGUUCGGGUCAGGACUCUAUGGAGGCCAGUCCAGUUCAUCCACACCAGACUCUGUCCUCCAUGUCUGAAUGGACCUUGCUUUGUGUACUGACACAGUCAUGCUGGAAGAGGAAGGGCCCGUUCCAAACUGUUCCCACAAGGUUGGGACCAUGGAAUAGUCUAAAAUGUUUUGGUAUCUAUCGAUUCAUUGAUCUUCCCACUGCUACACCUGGCUGUUGGUUUUUACACUCCAGUGUUCAGUGUGGAUCAUUGAACCACAGAGGCCCCUCCCCCCCUGAGACCCUCUGUGUCACACAGCAGUGACUCACAGCCAUGUGUGUUUCGGUGUGUUAACAGCUGCAGACAGCAGUCACCACUGCUGAAGGAAAACCACAAACGGAGAACCUGACCUGGGGACUAACCCAUGGGAAUCUUUCCAUGCGGGAGGGGUCCACCCCCCAUUGAACUGCCUGACACACUAAAUAUGUUCACUUCCUGUUUUGAUGAAUGUCGGACGAGGUUGAAUAUGUGGCUCCAAAGAGAUAUAUCGCUGCUGGGUCGGAUCUAUCUGACAAAGAUGGAGGGUUUGUCUAGAUGUAUUUAUCCCUCUUACUCUAAUGCCAUCCCAAACAAAAUGAUCAAAUCCAUCAACCAAAUGACGUUUAAUUUUAUUUGGAGAAACAAGCCUCAUUACAUGAAAAAAAACUAUAUGGUCAAAGAAUUUAAGGAUGGGGGUCUCAAAGUUAUUGAUUUUGACUGUCUUAACGGAACCCUGAAAAUAAACUGGUUGAAAUCGUGGAUCAAACACAACCAAUCCUUCUGGUUUUGUAUCCCAAAUUAUUUAUUUAACAAAUUAGGCGGGUUAAAGUUGGUGCUUAUUAGUGAUUUUGACAUUAAUAAGCUCCCUAUAGCAUUAUCAGAGUUCCACAAACAAAUUCUACUAUACUGGAAAAUCUUGUAUGUGCAUAAUUUCUCGCCACACUCAAAUAUCAUUUGGAACAACAGAUACAUCCUCCACAGAAACAAAUCUUUGUUUUGUGCUGAAUGGUUUGACAGAGGAGUCUGGUCGGUGUCUGAUCUGAUGGAUACGGAGGGAAAUUUAUUAGAUUAUGAGCAAUUUUGUUUAAAACAUAACUUUAAUCCUCCUAUUUCAGAAUUUUUGAAAGUACGCAAUUCUCUUCCUCGACAAUUUGUAUUUCUAACAAGGAACACAAUGACACAUUUAAAGAUAAAACCACAGUUAGCCACAUUGUCAAUUGAAGGAUGCCCUCUAAUGGACAGAAAAUGUAAUAACUCAUUUAUCAGAAAUUGGUUCAUUGAAAGGUUUUUUCCUGGUCGACAGAACAAAAAUAAUAUACUGCAGAAAUUUGAACAAAAUGUUGUUACUAAAUUAAGAACCGAUUUCAUGAAACUUCCUAUUCCCCCAAAAGUUAAAGAAACACACUUCAAGAUUAUGAAUGAUAUCUAUCCUUCCAAAGAACUACUUAGAUUACGUUUCAACAUUGAUGACAACAGCUGUUCCUUCUGCCAAACUGCUGUUGAAGACAUCGACCACAUAUUUUUCCUGUGUGAUGUUGUACAAGUGUUUUGGUUGGAUGUUUACAAAUGGUUAAGACAUAAAUUUCCAUUCAUCAUGGACUUCUUUUCCAAAGAAGUCAUAAUCUUUGGCCUGUCAAUACACAACAAUGUAAAUAAUGUAUGUAUCAAUACUGUGUUAUGUUUAGCCAAGUUUUUUAUACACAAAAAUAGGUUACAGAAAUGCCACCCCAGCUUUAGCUUCUUUAAUAAUGAGGUCAAUUUAUACUUAAAAUCCAUAAAGUUAAUCGACUCACCUAAAGCCAUAACAAUUUAUGACACCCUGAGUGAUAUUCCUGAUGUCUAAGACAGUUUAUUUAUAUUUUGUAUCCCCCUGCUUUUUGCAACACUAUCCAACUCUGAAAUUGUUGUUCUCUUAUGUUAUACUUUUCCCUGAUUUCUCUAUGAUUAUGAAUAUACAUAGGUUUAUGUUUGCAUACUGAUAAGAAUUUUUUCUUCUUUUUGCUUCCUUUCCAAUUAUAGUAUUCUCUUUUGUAUUCGCCAUAUUUUGUAAUUUUUAUGUAAAUGUUCUGGUAUUGUUUUGUAUUGUGUUCUAUAAAAAAAAAAAAAAAAAAAAAAAAAAAAAAAAAAAAAAAAGUUCACUUCCUGUCUGUUCAGGCCCCCCUUCUCGCCUGAAACCGGGAGGCGGACCUGCAUUUUUUCACAUUUACACUUCCUAUCUCAAAACGACUCUGGCUCGUUCUCCCUGCCUCCGGGAGGGGGCGCUGCCGGCCUGCUGUAACCCUCAGGUGGAGGAUCUCGAACCCGUGUCUACAGUAGGGUGGUAACGCGCUUCUGUAGGGGCCGUGACCACGGCGGGACCGCGCAGUGCGCCCGGCUUGUGGAGCUGCAGUUCGGGUGGGACAUGGGCGGGUUCGGAACGGAGGGGGGGCAUCAGCAGAAUAGUUUCUCUAUUGGCGCCCAUGACUGUGAAUCACUUUUUCCACCCCGCGCGCACACAGUCCUCGUGCGCUGACACUUUCCUGCCCCUCCCUGCAGAAAGUUUGUUCACGCUCCUGGGGAACUGAAACCGAACCGAACUUCCUUUGGACAGCAUGGCACUGCGCUGUUUGCUCUGCGGGCGUCCACGUAAGCAGUAAGACGGUCGCCGCGCCCCGCGAUCCUCUGGGGUUUGGACCCGCGGGCUCGCAUGGAGCUCCAGGUGUCUGUGUGGCUGCUGUUCGGCGGCCUGCUGCCGUGCGCGCUGCUGGCAGCCUCUAUCUCCCGCUUCAACCUGCUGUCCCUGGUUUACCUCAUCUUCCUGCUCCUGCUGCCCUGGUUCUCCUCCCCCAACAAAUACUCGCUCCGAGGUCACACAGGCUGCUUCCUCAGAGCAGUCCUCUGCACCAGUCUGCUGUUUGUUCUGGCUCACGUCUGUUUUCAGACAGUACUGUACACCUUUCCACCCCUGAGUGAGGCUUUAGGUGAUAACUGUUCACAGUGGGACACCAUCAGCAGGCACAUAGGACUGUCCAGACUGCCUGUGAAUGACCCGUGGAACAUGCUACGCCUCCUGUGUCCUGACGUAAUUGUGUGUGGGGUAUCCAUGGUUACGGUCAUCCUCUGCAGUAGACUGGUCAGGGACAGAGAAAUGGUGGCUGCUGCCAACAUCAUAAUGAUAGACGAUGAUUCUGCAGAACAACCGAUUGAGGAGGAGGAAACAUCAGGGGAUGAAGAUCAAGAGGAGGAUUCCCUGAACGCUGACCCUGAAGAGGUUUUCACUGCAACUAGAGCCAAGCAUCUGGCUGAACACCUGAAGGCCACAGCCUGGAAAGUUCUUCAAGACCUAGGGAGGAUCCUGGCUGUGGGUCUGCUGGGUCUGGCAGGCAUCACUCUGCCCUCUGGCUUCUCUGCCUUUUACUUCCUGUUCUUCCUGGGCGUGUGCACGUGGUGGGCGUGUCACCUCCCCAUCAGCCAGCUCGGCUUCAGCGCUCUGUGUGUGAUGGUUGGCUUCUUUGCUGCUGGUCACAUCGUCUGCCUGUACCUGUACCAGAGUCUGCUGGCCCAGGCGCUCUUCCCCCCUCACAGUCUGUGGGCCAGGCUCUUCGGUCUGAAGGACUUCAUUGUGCCAGGAAACUGUUCGCUGCCUGAUGAACUCAUCCUCAACACCAACCAUGAUUGGCCCGUAUAUGUGAACCCGGGAAUCCUGCUGCUCCUCUAUGUGACCGUGGUUGCUGUCCUCAGAUCAGGAAGCCACACGCCUAAGCAGGUGGAGCAUGGAGGAAGUAGGAAACCGAAGGAGGAGCUGGUGGAGCUGAAGUCAUGGAAUCUCCAGAGAGAUGAUGGUGAAGAUGACUCUCAGAUCAUGCUUGUUACCACGGUAACAGACAGUGGAACAGGUGCUGUGGAGAACCAGGCAGAUCCAGGGGUCCACGGAGGACCGUCCGGUGAAAGUCCGUUCUUCCUGCUGGGAAAGGUGGUGAUGCAGCAGAGUUACGUGAGCGCCCUGAUCGCCAUGAUGGUCUGGAGCAUCACGUACCACAGCUGGCUGACCUUUGUGCUGCUGCUGUGGGCCUGCCUCAUCUGGAUCCUGCGGGCCAGACGACAUGCAGCCACGCUGUGCUCCCCCUUCAUCCUCCUCUACGGUCUGGUUCUGUGCUGUCUGCAGUACAUCUGGGCCAUGGAGCUUCACCCAGAACUCCCCACCAGUGUAGGCACCAUGAGUCUGAGGCAGUUAGGACUGGACAAGGCCCAGUACCCCUGCCUGAGACUUGGAGCAAUGCUGCUGUUUGUCCUGACCUUCUGGCUGCUGCUGCGUCAGGCAGUGAUGGAGAACUUCAGGAGGAAGAGCAGUUCUCAAACACCGCUGCAGGAAGUCGCCACAAAAGCAGGGGGCGCUGCUGAGCAGUCGAUGUUGAAGGUUGUAGGUGGCAUGGUGAUGAGCUGCUACGCCAAAUACUGGAUCUACGUGUGUGGAGGGAUGUUCAUCAUGGUGUCGUUUGCUGGGAAGCUGGUUGCAUAUAAGAUUGUCUACAUGCUGCUGUUCCUGCUCUGCCUGUGCUUCUACCAGGUGUAUUACUCCCUAUGGAGGCAUCUGCUGAAGCUUUUCUGGUGGCUGGUGGUGGCCUACACCAUGCUGGUGCUGAUCACCAUCUACACAUACCAGUUUGAAGACUUCCCUGUGUACUGGAAAAACCUGACUGGAUUCACUGACGAACAGCUGGCGGCGAUCGGAUUGGAGACGUUUGAUUUGUCGGAGCUCUUCACCAGCAUUCUGAUCCCAGGCUUCUUCCUGCUGGCCUGUAUUCUGCAACUGCACUAUUUUCACAAGCCAUUCAUGAGGAUCACAGAUCUGGAGAACGUCACACCAACACACAAACGCAGAAACAGCGACGCAGUCGGCUCUGCUGAUGCUGUGGAGCUCAACACUGAGGAAGACCCGAGCAACACUGAAGAAUCUGCUGAUGAAGAGGAGUUGAUGCCUAGUAAAUGGGGUCUGGUGAUGGACCGGCUGCUGGUUUUGUCCAGGAAGUUCUCGGAGAUCCUCUCUAAAGUUCAGGUGUUUCUCUGGAGGCUGUUGGAACUUCACAUCCUGAAGAUGGUGGCCUUCUUCACUGUCUGGGUUGCUUUGCAAGAGGCGUCUGUGAUGAAUCUGGUCCUGGUGGUGCUGUGGUCGCUGGCCACGCCCUUCUGCCGCUUCAGGCCCAUGGCAUCCUGCCUGUCUACGGUCUGGGUGUGCGUCAUCAUCAUUUGCAAGAUGCUGUACCAGCUGAGCGUGGUCAACCCAGAAGAGUACUCCCGCAAUUGCAGCACGCCUCUGACCAAUCACACCAAGUUGUUGCUAAACUCCUCCCUCUAUAAGGAACCAGUGGAUCCAGCCAAAUGGUUCGGCAUCAGGAAGGACGCCACAGCGCUGGGAUACAGUAAAAACCAUUUGAUAGUUCUGAUGCUGCUGGUCUUUGAGGCCACCGUGUACCGACACCAGGCUCACCAUUACCGCCAGCUGCAGAGAUCUCCACCUCCAAUUCCUGCAGUCUUCCCCUCUGCAACAAGAGACUCUUUAGACCAAGGCCUGGUGGCGUGCCUCAAAUACCUCGUCAACUACACGUUUUACAAGUUUGGACUGGAAAUAUGCUUCCUGAUGACGGUGAAUGUGAUCGGACAGAGAAUGAACUUUCUGGUCCUUAUCCACGGCUGCUGGAUGGUUGCCAUCUUGGUGAGGCGGCGCCGAGCAGCCAUCGCCAGGAUCUGGCCCAAAUAUUGUCUGUUCCUGUCCAUCUUCAUGAUCUACCAGUACCUGCUUUGUGUGGGCAUUCCGCCUGUUCUCUGCAUGGAUUACCCGUGGAGGUGGAGUAACCCCGUGCUGCAGGACUGGGGUACCCUGGACGCCCUCAUCAAGUGGCUCUACCUGCCGGACUUCUUCACCGUGCCCAACUCUGGAAACCUGAUGGCGGACUUUGUGCUCCUGAUGUGUGCGUCGCAGCAGUGGAAAGUGUUUGACUGUGAACGCACAGAGGAGUGGAUGGUUCUGGCUGGAGAGAACUCAGAUGAACCUGAGCCCAUGGAGGGUCGGCUGUUCAACCCUGCGCCGAACUUCAUCAACUGCAGGAGUUAUCUAGACAUGCUAAAGGUUCUGGUGUUUCGUUACUUCUUCUGGUUCGUGCUGUCCGUGGUCUUCAUCACAGGAGCCAGCAGGAUCUCAGUCUUUGGGUUGGGCUACCUGCUCGGCUGCUUCUUCUUCCUGCUGUUUGGAACCAAGCUGAUGGUGAAACGCUCUAGAACCCGCCUCAUUCUGUGGGACUGCCUGAUCAUUUACAACGUGGCUGUCAUCAUUUCCAAGAGUGUUUUAUCUAUCCUGGCGUGUGUGUUUGUGUUUAAGAUGCAGGAGCGGUUCUGUUGGGUCAUCCAGCUCUUCAGCUUGGUCUGCACAGUCAAAGGAUACUAUGACCCAAACGCCGUGCACAGUGACACGUGCACUCUUCCAAUAGAAGAAGCGGGGAUCCUCUGGGACGGCUUCUGUUUUAUCUGCCUCCUGCUGCAGAGGAGGGUCUUCCUCAGUUUUUACUUCCUGCAUGUGAGCGCGGAGCUCCAGGCCUCAGCCAAGCAGGCAUCCAGAGGCUUUGAGCUCUUCAGAGCCAGUAUGAUGAAGAACAUGGAUUUCCACAAGCAGGCGGAGGACAAAUCUCUGUCACAGCUCAAACGAUCGAUGCAAAGGAUUCGCUCUAAGCAGCAGAAGUAUAAAGACGGACCAAGAAGUGCUGGGAGUGCCUCAGAAAGCCAGACUGAUGAUAGUGUGUCAGAGCAGAAGCAGUCCCGGCAGAAGAGGUGGCAUCAGCCGUGGUUACACCAUGCGUCUGUGAUCCACUCAGGAGAGUAUUAUCUGUUCGAGUCUGACAGUGAGGAUGAGGAGGACCUGAGCUCUGAGGAGAAGAGGCCUCGGCGGCUGACGGCCUCUCAGCUGGCGUACCAGGCGUGGGUGAGCAGCAUCCGCAAAGCCCUGAGGGAGCGGCAGAGGAUGCAGAAAACCUCCAGGAGGACACACCCACAGAAACUAAGGGGGAAGACUUCCCAGCAGGAGGGGCUGUCUGAGACAGGAUGUGAAGAUGGUGUAUCUGAAGAAACUCUCCUUAAAGGCGAGGAAGAAGAGGAGGAGCCUGAGGAAGAGCGCUCCGUUCAUGGGGAGAUGCUGCAGAAGAUCCUGGACGUCCUGCGGCUGCUCUGGGCUAUCAUUUUGGCUUUAGUGGAUGGACUGACUGACUGGCUGAAUCUGCUGACUAAGCAGUACCGUGAGACCUCCACUGUUCUUUGCAAUGAGCGCUACCUGAUCACGCACAAGAUCCAGCAGUGUCCUGCAGCUGGAGAGCAGCCAGAGCCCAACCAGAGCCCCCCACCAGAGGCCCAUGUGGGGGAGGACACUGGAAUUCCAACCAGCAACAGCGACAUCAUGAAAAUGUCGAGCUCCAGCUUUGGCAGCAGCUCCCACCUCCUGAAUGAAGAAACUCGGCCCAGUGGGAGCUCUGGACUGCAACCUAAUAUGUUCACAGCACACAGACGGUCCAGGACAGCCAGUGAGCUCCUGUCGGAGAGUGGACAGUUUUGCGUGGAGGAGCUGGAGCAGAGCAGAGAGUUCUUUGAGAGUCAGAACCGCCUGCUGAAGCUGCUGCUGGCUCUGUACUCCCUGCUGUCCGCCCACUCAGAGCUGCUCUGCUACCUAAUCAUUGUGCUCAACAACGUGGUCAGCGCUUCCGUCAUUUCUGUGGUGCUGCCCAUCCUGGUCUUCCUCUGGGCCAUGCUGGCUCUUCCAAGGCCAUCCAAGAGGUUCUGGAUGACUGCGAUCGUCUAUACAGAGGUGAUGGUGGUUCUCAAGUACAUUUUCCAGUUUGGGUUCUUCUCGUGGAACUCGGCUCAUGAGAUGACGGUGAACAAGGACAGGCCCUUCUUCCCGCCACGCAUCCUGGGCCUGGAGAAAACCGACAACUACCUCAGAUACGACCUGCUGCAGCUGCUGGCGCUCUUCUUCCACAGAGCGCUGCUCAUGCGGUAUGGGCUGUGGGACCCAGAUGGGCCCCCAGAGAAGCCAAGCCUCCCAUCCAAAGAAGGAAACUCAGCAGUGGCGGAUGGAAGGAGUGGGGAGGAGGCGCGGAGCUCCGUGUCCAGCCCGACAGAUGUGCCCGUCCCUGAGGAGCAAAUGAGCCUUUUGGCAGCAGGGAGCAGCUCUGCUGCUGAAGCUGCCGUAGGCUCCCAGGACGGCCCUGCGGCACCAGCCGGGUCCAGGGCUCCUGUGGAAAAAGUAGGAGGUGUGGAGGCGUCGAAGAGGGACGUUAAAAAGAAAAGGAGCAUCCGGUUACGAAGGAACAGACAGAGCAGGGAGGGGGGGUUCACAGCAGAAGCCCAGACCACAGAAUCUCCACCAGAACCAACAAAGAAAAAGGCCAAAGGCAAAAAGAGGGAGGCAGCCCAGCUGAGAAUGCAGGCAGUGGGACAGAAGAUGAAGCAAGUCCUGGUGUCUGGGGUUCGGAGUGUGAGUGAGCCGGCUCAGAACUUCUUCAAGAACCUCAUGCACAAUAAGCAUCAAGCCAGUACCGACGUGUAUGCUCUGAUGUUCUUGACCGACAUGGUUGACUUUGUCAUCAUCAUCUUCGGCUUUUGGGCCUUCGGGAAACACAGUGCAGCCGCAGACAUUGCCUCCACCCUGUCAGAGGACCAGGUCCCUGAGGCCUUCCUGGUGAUGCUGCUGAUCCACUUCAGCACCAUGAUCAUAGACAGAGCCUUGUACCUACGCAAAGCCGUACUGGGGAAGCUCAUCUUUCAGGGGAUCCUGGUGCUUGGGAUUCACGUGUGGAUGUUCUUCAUCCUGCCUUCUGUCACUGAAAGGAAGUUCAACCAGAACUUUGUGGCCCAGCUGUGGUACUUUGUGAAGUGUAUCUACUUUGGCCUGUCAGCUUACCAAAUCCGCUGCGGAUACCCAACCCGAAUUCUUGGCAACUUCCUCACAAAGAACUUCGGCCACCUCAACCUGUUCCUCUUUCAGGGGUUUCGAUUGGUGCCGUUUCUGGUGGAGCUGCGAGCCGUCAUGGACUGGGUCUGGACCGACACCACCCUGUCUCUGUCCAACUGGAUGUGUGUGGAGGACAUUUAUGCCAAUAUCUUCAUUAUCAAAUGCAGUCGAGAGACAGAGAAGAAAUAUCCCCAACCAAAAGGACAGAAGAAGAAGAAGAUUGUGAAAUAUGGCAUGGGUGGACUCAUCGUCUUCUUCUUGAUCUGCAUCAUCUGGUUUCCUCUUCUCUUCAUUUCAUUGGUCAGAUCAGUGGUGGGUGUGGUCAACCACCCCAUUGAUGUCACGGUCACAGUUAAACUGGGAGGUUACGAGCCCUUGUUCACCAUGAGUGUGCAGCAGCAGUCCAUCCAGCCCUUCAACAACUCUCAAUAUGAGGAGCUGACUAAAAUGUUUAAAGACAAUGCAACAGCUAUGCAGUUUAUCACCCUGUAUAGUUAUGAGGAUAUUGUGACAGCCCAGAUUGAAGGAAGCUCAGGAUCUGUUUGGAGGAUCAGCCCCCCCAGCAGACAGGAAGUCAUAAAAGAACUCCUUGGAAGUCAAGUCGACCUGACUCUGCGCCUCGCCUGGAAUUUCCAGAGGGACCUAGGUAAAGGUGGGACGGUCGAACACACCUUUGACAAAUACUCCAUCGACCUGGAACCUGGAAACCUGGUCAGAGCAGAGUUGGCAUCGCUGCUUAUAGGCAAUCGCACUGAGCCUGUGCUUGUUCCAAACUUCUUCCCUAACUACAUCCGGGCUCCCAACGGAGCCGAGGCGAAACCUGUCAGUCAGCUCUAUAAAGGUGGGGAAGACGGUUAUCUUGGCAUCACCCUGUCCCUAAAGAGUGACCGCUCCAGCAACAGCAGUGGCACCCGGGAGUGGUGGGACAUCGCCGUUGAGGGCUGUGUGCCGCCCUCUUGUGGAGUCCUCCGCAUGGUCAUAUUCAACGACAAAGUCAGUCCACCCAGCCUGGGCUUCCUGGCAGGAUACGGCAUCAUGGGUCUGUAUGUCUCUGUGGUGUUGGUCAUUGGAAAGUUUGUGCGCGGCUUCUUCAGUGAAAUUUCCCACUCCAUCAUGUUUGAGGAGCUUCCAUGCGUGGACCGCAUCCUGAAGCUCUGCACCGACAUCUUUCUGGUGCGUGAGACCGGGGAGCUCGAGCUGGAGGAGGAGCUGUACUCCAAACUGAUUUUCCUGUAUCGGUCUCCAGAGACCAUGAUCAAAUGGACCCGAGAAAACCGGGCUGCAAACCGGGACUGAGAGAUGCUGUCACCAUGUUUACUCAUAAGGAGUGAGGACACACCACAGGAGGGGCUGUCAGCUCAUCAGAGAUGAGCAAAAUUCCCCCAGCUGCUCACCAGCUGAACAUUCCCAAAUGGGACAGGCUGCAGUGGGACAUGGGGGUGGCGGCCCCCCACCAGCAAAGGAGGCAUGCUCAACAUCUAAUUAUUAAUCCCCUCGGACAAAAAAAAAGUUUAGUCUUUGGAAAAAAAAGCCCAAGAACAACAAUGUGAUGCUUUGGUCUUAACUCCAACACAAAGAACCUGAGACAGGAAGCUGUCAUGUUUGCUAUUUUCCUAUGCUCUGACACAUCACGAUGGAGACUUGGAGAUUUUAACAGACUGAGUCUGACUGCUGGUUAGCUUCUCUGUUUUCUGCAGAAUCGUUUGUCUAAACAGUUCUGACUAAACUUUGGAUUUUCAGGCCUGAGCACAGCAGAAACUCUGAGGGUCCACAGAGCUCUAGAGGACCUCAGGAACUUCUGCUACAGAACAAAACUGUUAAAAAACAAGGCCCCGCCUUUUGUUCAACUUUUGCACACUACUGUACUUUUGUGAUUGCCUUGCAAAGGAAAGUUGCUUGUUCUGACCUGUGCCUUUCAAUGUUUCCAUGCCAAAACCCUUCGGAAUCCAGUCCAAUUUAGACAGAAGCAUAAACGGAGAAUAAUAUUUAAUAUUUGCAAUCCCAAUCCCUUUCACCUGUGCUCACCCACUGACAUUGACAGGCUGCCCUGCUAGGCACUAACUAGACCACCGGGAGCAGCAUGGGGUUCUGUGUCUUCCAAAAGGACACUUCGACCCAGGGGCAGGCAGAGUGGGAACCAAACCUUCAGCCUUCCAAUCAGAGAUCAAUUGUUCUACCUUUGCACUACGGCUGCCUCGAAAGGAGUAGAUCUAAAAAAAUAAAAAGUUAAUCAGUUUAGAAAGGACUAAUGACCAAUCAGAGGGCUUCAACUUAAACAAGACAUGAGGAGCGCUGACAUUUGGUCUAGCAGAAGACAUCCAUUCAGCUCAGGCUUGUGGGGAUGUUUUUCCAGCGAGGAACGGGAAACUGAAACUCUCUUGUUUACAUUCUGUUUUUAAUCUCCUGUACAGGUUUUCUGUUUUGAACUAAAUUAUGUAUGAAAGGUUUGCACAGCUGCAGCAUGCACAGUGAUGAGCUGCUCCAAGGUGCAUGACAUUGAGAGCAUAAUCAGGGUUGGCUGAGCUCUGAGAGUUCACUAUACUGACAGGUUUUACAAAUCUCUGAGCAAGUCUAUCAACACUUGAAGGUAUCUUCUGUUUCAUUAAACGCUGUCUCAGACUGUAGCUUCUGUGCUACGUGGUUAUGCAAAGAAAUAAAUACUUCUCACCUGUUUGUUAA